CUUUCCAGACUUUUGGAUCUUCCACCAGAAAACUUGAUCAAGUCAAUAUCUGCAGUUCCAAUUUCCAGAAAAGACAGGGGAACUGCCUCUUCCCGUGUGUCCUGAAGACCCCUUGCACCUUUCUGCUCACAGGGAUUCGCCCUUCCCACCAGACCACCACCAGAGAAGUAGCUGAUUUUCAGCUUUCUGUGGAUUCUCUAUUGGGAAACAGCAAUGACCAUUCAAGACCAGAUGUUCAAGUUCAAGCCACGAGACUGGCAGAGAAGCUAAAAUGUGAUACAGUGGUAAGUGAAAUCAGCACUGGUCAAGGGACUGUAAAUUUCAAAAUAAACAGAGAACUAUUAACAAAGACAGUACUACAACAAGUAAUCAAAGAUGGCUCAAAAUAUGGGUUAAACAGUGAGCUAUUCUCUGGUCUUCCCCAGAAGAAGAUCGUGGUUGAAUUCAGUUCACCUAAUGUUGCCAAAAAAUUUCACGUUGGACAUUUGCGUUCUACCAUCAUAGGAAAUUUUAUAGCAAAUCUCAAAGAAGCUUUAGGACAUCAAGUCACCAGAAUAAAUUACCUUGGAGAUUGGGGCAUGCAGUUUGGUCUUCUGGGAACUGGCUUCCAACUGUUUGGCUAUGAAGAAAAACUUCAGUCCAGUCCUUUACAGCACCUCUUUGAAGUUUAUGUACAAGUUAAUAAAGAAGCAGCAGAUAAUAAAAAUGUAGCAAAAUCAGCGCAUGAGUUCUUUCAGCGAUUAGAACUGGGUGACAUGCAAGCACUUGAACUGUGGCAGAAAUUUCGAGACCUGAGCAUAGAAGAAUACGUGCGGAUUUACAAGCGUCUAGGAGUACACUUUGAUGAAUAUUCAGGAGAAUCAUUUUAUCGUGAAAAAUCUCAAGAAGUCUUAAAAUUGCUGGACAGUAAAGGACUCCUGCAGAAAACAAUAAAAGGAACAGCUAUAGUGGAUCUUUCUGGAAAUGGUGACCCCUCCUCAAUUUGUACUGUAAUGCGAAGCGAUGGGACUUCUCUCUACGCAACCAGAGAUCUUGCAGCUGCUAUAGAUCGAAUGGAGAAGUAUAAUUUUGAUACAAUGAUUUAUGUGACAGAUAAAGGGCAAAAAAAGCAUUUUCAGCAAGUGUUCCAAAUGCUGCAGAUCAUGGGAUAUGACUGGGCAGAAAGGUGCCAGCACGUGCCCUUUGGAGUGGUGCAGGGAAUGAAGACUCGAAGAGGAGAGGUUACCUUUCUGGAAGAUGUUCUAAAUGAGAUUCGAUCAAGGAUGCUACAGAACAUGGCUUCUAUUAAGACUACCAAAGAAGUGGAGAACCCACAGGAGACUGCAGAGAGGGUCGGGCUUGCAGCACUCAUUAUUCAGGACUUCAAAGGUGUGCUCUUGUCUGACUAUCAGUUCAGCUGGGAUCGUAUUUUCCAGAGUCGUGGGGACACAGGCGUCUUCCUGCAGUACACACAUGCUCGCCUCCACAGUUUGGAAGAGACUUUUGGAUGUGGUUAUCUAAAUGAUUUCAACACUGCUUGUUUACAAGAACCACAGUCUGUUUCCAUUCUUCAGCAUCUUCUCAGGUUCGAUGAAGUGCUUUAUAGAUCAUCUCAGGACCUUCAACCCAGGCACAUUGUCAGUUACCUUCUAACUCUAAGUCAUCUUGCAGGUAUGGCACACAAGACACUGCAUAUAAAAGACAGUCCUCCUGAAGUGGCUGGGGCCAGACUUCAUCUUUUCAGAGCUGUGCGUUCUGUGCUAGCCAAUGGAAUGAAACUUCUUGGAAUAACACCUGUUUGCCAAGAGUUGGUUUAUAUGUCAUCAGAGAACCCUAACUGAUACAGUUCCAACAUAGAAAAAAUGAAAAAUUUAAUGUUUUUGGUGUUUUUUUUUACAUUUUGCAUUAUUUUAAUAGUCAUAAUCAUGAUACAAAAAGUGAUCACAGAUUGCAUAUAAAUAAAUUAAGUUUAUUGCUGAAUUUCCCCAUUAACAUUAUAGAAAAAUUUUUAAAAACACUAAAAUUUCACAAAUUAUUGACAGCCCAAUAGUUUUAAACAUACUUUAUAAAAAAAAGUACAAAAGUGACAUUAGAAAUAUUUUUUGAAGAAAAGUAGAUCAUCUAACAGCAAAGAAAUACGAAUCCAGACAAUGAAUGGCACAAAUACAGCACUUAACAGGAGUACUCUGUCACCACCCAGAAGUCAUUGCCUGCAUUAUGAAAUAGAUUCAGUUUGAGAAGUUAAACAUUCAGUUUGUUUCUGAACUAGCCUGGCUUGCUUAUGCCUCUCUUUUGUAAGAAAAGAGCUAGCUGGGUCUUACUGCUGCUGGGAUGAAAUACUGUACAUGAAUUGGAGAACAAGGAGGGGUCAUCCUUCUCCCCUGGUUCCUGAACAAGAAAACAGUUCGUACAGAAAUGGCUUUGGCACUUUAACCCUUAACCUUGUCCCAAACCUUGUUACUUGAAUAUUGUAUCCUCACAUGAUUUUUUUUGUAAUAUCAUACCCUCUCCAUACUUUUUUAUAUACAUUAUAUAUACAAUAAAAGUCUUUCAUUCUGAAACAAAACAGGUUGACCCAAAACAGGUCACAUUAAAUCUUUGUAGCAGUUCAUUCAGA